UCCACGGCUGACCAGCACUGGCGUAGGCCCGAGGAUCUGCCUGUGGCUCCGGCUCCUGCUCCUGCUUCUGCUCCUGCCCGCCGUCCAGCUCCAGGCCCACGAUGCCCACCCCGCAGCAGGAGCAACCACGUCGGCACAGCAGGCUGGGCUACCCCGUGGCGCUCCUGGUGGCGGCCAUGGCCCACACCACGCAACUCAUCGUAUUCCAGCCGCAGGACUUGACCGCCAGGACAACUCCACCGCAGCAACAGCAGCCACAUCUGAUGCAGAAGCCACAGAAACAACCGUCGAAACAGCAACAGCCACUUCCAAGGACGAUGCUGAGCAGAUGCUGCCACAGAUUCCGUCGUAUAUCCGCACAACCGCCAUGUUCUUCUGCAUAGUCAUCAUGCUGCUGGGCGUGGUGGGCAACGUGAUGGUGCCCAUCGUGAUUGUAAAGACGAAGGAUAUGCGCAACUCGACAAACAUCUUCCUCACCAACCUGAGCAUCGCCGACCUGCUGGUGCUGCUCGUCUGCACGCCCACCGUGCUCGUGGAGGUCAACACCCGCCCGGAGACCUGGGUCCUGGGGCACGAGAUGUGCAAGGCGGUGCCGUUCGUGGAGCUGACUGUGGCCCAUGCCAGCGUGCUGACCAUCUUGGCCAUCUCGUUCGAGCGCUAUUACGCAAUCUGCGAGCCAUUAAAGGCCGGCUACGUCUGCACCAAGGGGCGGGCCAUCCUCAUCUGCGUCCUGGCCUGGGGCAUAGCUGCGCUCUUUACGAGCCCCAUCCUGUGGGUGGCCGAGUACAAGCUGGCCGAGUACAUUGAUGGAUCGUCGGUGGCCGUGUGCCUGACCCAGGCCAUCACCGACUGGACGCUGGCCUUCUUCCUGAUGACCAUCUCCGUGUUCUUCGUGGUGCCGUUCGUGACCCUGGUGGUACUGUACGGCAUCAUCGCUAGGAACCUGGUCUCCAACCGGGCGGCCAUGCUGCGCGCCCGUCCCACGAAGCCGGAACUCAGUCUGAAGGCCCGCAAGCAGGUGGUCCUGAUGCUCGGCGCCGUCGUCCUGUCCUUCUUCGUCUGCUUGCUGCCCUUCCGCGUGCUCACCCUGUGGAUCAUCCUCAGCACGGACCAGACGCUCCACGAUCUGGGCCUGGUGCGCUACUACAGCCUGCUCUACUUCUGCCGCAUCAUGCUGUACCUUAACUCGGCCAUGAAUCCGAUCCUCUACAACCUGAUGUCAACGAAGUUUCGAAGGGGUUUCAAGCGGCUCUGCCAGGAUGCGGGGGCAUUACUGCUCGACCUGGUGACCCUAGGCAGGCGGAAGGAGAACGCUUCGCGGGGCCGCAGUGGCACCCUGUCCCUGGGCAUGGGCACCAACACGAACACGAACACCAACUCCUCGAAUGCCACGGCAGCCACGAGCUCCAGCAUCCUGUCGCGCAGCUCCAAUCGCAGGUGCAGCGAGGACAUCAGUCGCACCCGCCUGAAGAUCGAGAUGCAAAUGCCGUGUGGCAGUGAUCUGGAGGCCAUGGCCAUGCUGCAGCACUCCACUUUGGGCAGGGGAAUGGCCAGGAGAGUGAGUGAUAGCCGGCUCAUGGCGAUGGGGAACAAGCAUCUGCGUCGCCACAAGCCUCAAAUAAGUUUUGAUGAGGAGGCUUUGCAGGGAAAAGAGCCAAGUGAAGGGCAAGUCCUGACAAAAUGUAGGGAAAUUCUCCCUAGAAUCGAAGGAAUAGUUAAUCUGCCCGAAGAGGCGGGGCACUAUAAUCCCCCCCCAGCAUGAAAAAUCGCCUGUAACCCGUUUACACACUCGCUUCACUUGGCUGGAAUGCUGAUCCUGAUUACUGGCAGCACACAAAUCGCAUCCUGAACGCCUUUGGCAGGCAUAAUCGAUUUCAGUCAGCCGUUGACAGCUCCCGAUUCGAAGUUGGGCCUUCGCCUUGGACAUUUCCGUACAAAAAACAAUCAAUUUUUCGGGCUAUUAAACUCGAAUGAAUGUGCCAAAGAUAAAUAACAGCAACGGCAGCC